UAUUGCUGUUCCCAGAAUUAUAUGGACAGUACCUAGAUUCGGAAUGUGAAUAUCAACCGCCUGAUAACUAUCGAUUUGCCCCCUGGUUGGCAAUGAUUUUAUCCAACCAACAAAGAUGCACGGGAACUCUGGUUCACAAAAAAUACGUGUUAACAGCAGCAAGCUGCGUAUUAAAUUCAAACCAGAGUAUCGUCCGUUUUGGAAGAGCUUACGAAAGCUACAGAGAAUACUACGUAGACGAAAUUUACAUUCACAAGCCCAACAAUAAAAAUGAUAUAGCUCUGAUCAAACUAAGCCAGACUGUGGUUCACAUAAAACCCAUAUGCAUUCUGUUACGGGAAGGGCUAAAGUUGGAAAACCACAGGAAUUAUAAAGCCACCGGCUGGGACGUUAUGGGAAUUGCUAGAACGAAGAGCAUCAAUAAAUUUGAAAAUAAAAAGUGCUCAAACUCCUUCGGUGUAUAUCCCGGCUAUACUCAAAUCUGCACUGGCCACAGCAGCAAAGACAAGUGUGCUGAACUCGGAAGUCCUUUGGUCAUUAAAAUCGACACUAAUUUGUACACACUCGUUGGAGUUCAGACCCAAGGCGCUUUGGGAACUUGCGUGUAUACCAACACUUUAAAGUAUUUCGACUGGAUAGUGGGUAUCGUGUUAGAGGUCGAUGUCAUAAUGUCUAUAUAUAUUGCACUGCUGGAACUAGCAGAAGAUGUGCUCUACAAACACCACAUAAGGCCAAUAUGCGUUUGGGCUCCGAAAAACAAAAAGAUCUGCACUGGACUUACAGUCAAGAAAAUGUGCCCCUAUUCAGGAAGUCCCUUGGUCAGUGAAUUGCCAGUUUUGGGGAAAAUGAGUAACACACUAGUCGGAAUUCAGAGCUAUGACGCUUUGGGAAAUUGUGUAUAUACCAAAAUUGCAAGCUACAUCGACUGGAUUGUCGGAAUCGUGCUGGAGGUUGAUCUUAUAGUAACCGUUUAA